UCACUCGCACCAUGGAAGAAGAUCGAGAGCAGGAUCUUGCUCACAUCCACUGGCAAUGGCCCGAGGCCAUCGCCGCCAACCCCGCCCGCUCCCUUGCCAACGCCGACCUCGCAAUGGACUACUUCGCCUUCUCCCCCUUCUGGGACCCGCAAAGCAACAACGGUGUCCUGCGCACCCAGAACAUUGCUGAUCCGGGGUACGGCAGUGCCCAAGAGCGCAUCGGCCUGCUCGGUCUCACCGGUGGCUUCGAGUACGUUGUGGCACACGCGCGCCCGCCCGACCUUUUUGUUAUUCACCGGCGGCUCGUGACGGGCGUGGGGCGGCGCGGGCCGCCGACCCACGCCUACUUCAUUCUGCAGGAACGCAUCUAUAUGGCGCCGAACUUGCACACGGUGGUGCGUACACGAGUGGGCAAUGCCAACGCGCUGUUGGAGCGCACGUUGGGGAUGCUCGAGGCCGCGCGGCCACCGGCGAAUCCGCGCGCAGCGCGGAUGUGGGUCGCGGGCGAGAGCAAGAAGGAGGACGGGGACGAGGAGAUGAAGGACAAGGAGAAGGAGGAGGGCGAGGACAAGGACAAGGACAAGGACAAGGACAAGGAGGGGAAGGGCGAGGGCAAGGAUAAAGAAAAGAGCCGGAAGGAGGAGAAGGAGCAGGCAACGCCCGACUGGCACCUGUUUAAUGCGCUUGCGGCCACGCGAGCGGCGUUGUCGAGCGUCAACACGCUCGCGGCGAGUUCGAGACCAGCACACGACGCCGCGGCGGAAGCUAAGACGCUCGAAGCCCUCGCUGCCGCCACCGUCCGCCCCAACGCUCCCCCGCCACAACCUGCACCAGUCCAGCCCACACCACUGGGCACGCCGCUUGCUGGUUUCGCGGCCCUCUCGCCCCUCAACCAGGGCACGCCGAGCUUCACACCGCGCCCGCGCCUCGGCAGCCUGUCGCUCAUGGGCGGCCUCAGCCGGCCGGGGUCGACAUUCGCGCCCAGCGUCCCCGCCGACUCGCCCAAGUUGGCGUAACAUGUAUUCAUUCUAGACACUGUAUGUAGAUCUGAUGGUCUCAGAGGGUGAGCACGCCCACCACGACGCCAUUCAUGCAGAUGUCGAUGCCGCCGGCGUAGCGCUCGCGCGCCCACUCGUCCAUCGCCGU